AUGGUAAAGGAAGCAGAUGGUGCAGCCACACAAAGCGGUGCUCAACGAGCCCGAAAUAGAUAUGUUGGGGUUAGACAAAGGCCAUCAGGUAGAUGGGUUGCUGAAAUAAAAGACACUAUACAGAAAAUAAGAGUGUGGCUUGGAACUUUUGACACUGCUGAGGAAGCAGCAAGAGCAUACGAUGAAGCUGCUUGCUUACUUCGUGGAGCCAAUACUCGCACGAAUUUCUGGCCUUGUUCUUUAUCCAAUUCUUCUUCCACUUCAGCUUUGCCACCCAAAAUCACUAAUAUUCUUCUUACCAGGCUCAAAGAGAGAAAUAAUUCCUUAACCGCUGCUGAUGUUGCUGAUUCAUCCAAAUCUUGUUCCGUGCCUGAAAUUGGUCGUCAGCAGCAGAAUCAUCAAGAAAAAUUCGGAGAAAAUGUAUCUGAUUUUUCAGAUUCACUGUACGCUGAUUAUCUCAAUUGCCCUGAUGAUCACAUAGUAACUGAUAGCAAUACGAUCGCUAAUGUUAGUGCAACUACAACAGAUUUUAGUAGCUGGGCUGAUUUUAUUCAGCCUGUCAAUAACUUUCAGAGCUCGAAUGGGGAGAUUAUUGAAGUGGGAGACAAAGAAGAGGAGAUAGGAGAGGCAAGUAAUACUGAUGUAUUAGAAGAUAUAGAGUCCAAUAUUGAUUUCCAGUUUCUUGAUGAAAUUGGAUCGUGUUACUAUUCGCCAUUUGAGAUAGCUGAAGAGCUAUCAUCAGAGAAAAUGGAACAUGGGAUGGUUUAUGGGGAAGAAACAUCAGUGGUAAGUGAGGCAAUGAGGAGGAUGAAUUACGAGAGGACGUUUUCGGCUUCCCUUUAUGCCUUUAAUGGGAUUACAGAAUGUUUAAAAUUGAAGAUGAAAUCUGGUGGAGUAACGCAAUGGGAAACGUCUGAGCAAUUAUCCACACUCCGAAAUGCAUGCAAAAAGAACCAGGAAAGUGAAGAAUGCAAUGUUGAAAUGACUGAGAAAAAGGAUGAAGAAGCAGUGGCAUUUUCGUCGAUGGAGAGUGCUUAUGAGAGUGAAUUGUCCCUAUGGAGCUCUAUUGAUCUCCCACCAAUAUGCUUUGUUACUUGAAAACAUUGGCCAGAAAUAAUUUGUGUACCCCCUCCUUUUAUUUCUAUUACUAGAAG